UUCAGGGCGCACACGCUUGCCCGGACUCCCAGAUUCCGCGUGGAGGCUGAUAACUGCGGGCGACACCCUCCUCGGAAAAACACGCGGCGGGGCUUCGCUCAGCUUUCUUCUCCUGCACCUGCUGUGCGACCAGUCCCCUCGCGCCUAGGCUUCUCCUUAGACAACGAGCGGGCGGGGUAGGAGGAGGGGCCGCUCAAGCCGGAAAGCGAGCGGCUGGGAACCCAACCUCUGCUGCAGGGAGCGCCCACGUCGGGGUGUUCUCUUCCCUGCUCCUGAAGACCCAGAGAAGCGUGCCAGACCCUGAACCCGACCGUACUCAGGCGCGUGCACUCCUCACCUGGCGCCCAGGGCGCCGCGGGCACGCGCAUGAGGAGCAGUGGGUGCCGAGGUGGGAGGGCGGUGGGCGGCGCGGAAGAGCCGGGGCCGCCUGCACCCGCCCUCUUCUCGCACGCAGCUCGGUACCUCCCCGGGGCCCCGGCGGAGCAUCCUGCCUUCCGAGUCUCCCUGGGGGCGGCGCCCGAAGCUAGGCAGCUCCGGCCCGCACAUCCAGAAUCCGCGGUGCACGCCUAACUCGAGAGCCCGUUGCGUUGCCGUCGCCCUCUCAAUGCCGGCGGUGGCCUUUGGGAAGCCGCCUGCCGGGCGUGGCCGCGAGCUCGGGGGGGCCCUAGGAGCGCUGGUCUCGGAUGCGAGUGACCCGUGUGCCUGACGACUGAGAGGACCUGGGCGAGGAGGGCAGAGCAUCUUCUGGCGGAGAUGCCGUGACAGCAUCGUCCACAACUACGGUGCAAACAGCGUCGUUUGGCUUUGUUUGGCUACCAAGAGGGUGGGUUUUUCGGUGAAAUGCUGUUUUGGCUAAAAGAAAAAAUGGCACCUCAGGAACUCACCCGGCGACUGGCCACAGUGAUCACUCAUGUCGAUGAAAUUAUGCAGCAGGAAGUUAGGCCGUUGGUGGCGGUGGAUAUAAUAGAACAGCUUCACAGACAGUUCGCCAUUCUUUCGGGAGGCCGAGGGAAGGAUGGUGCCCCCAUCAUCACUUUUCCGGAGUUUGCGGGGUUCAAACGCAUCGCAGAUGAAGACUUCCUAAAUGUCAUGACCUACCUGACCAGCAUCCCCAGUAUGGAGGCUGCCAGCAUUGGAUUCGUCAUUAUCAUUGACAGAAGAAGGGACAAAUGGAGCUCCAUAAAGGCGUCCUUGACACGAAUAGCUGUGGCAUUUCCAGGAAACUUGCAGCUUAUAUUCAUCCUCCGUCCAUCCCACUUUAUCCAGAGGACCUUCACUGAGAUUGGCAUUAAAUACUAUCGAGAUGAAUUUAAAAUGAAAGUGCCGAUCAUCAUGUUAAACUCUGUUUCUGACCUUCACGGCUACAUUGACCGAAGCCAGCUGACACAGGAGCUGGGGGGAACUCUGGAAUACCGCCACAGCCAGUGGAUCAACCACCGCACUGCUAUUGAAAACUUUGCCCUGACCUUGAAGACCACUGCCCAGAUUCUGCAGAAUUUUGGGGCCUUCCUGGCUGUGACAGAGCUGCCCAGAGGCGUGCCAUGCACUGAAGACCUCCUUAUGUCCCACACAAGGCAGCGGGACAAACUGCAGGAUGAGUUGAAAUUACUAGGAAAGCAAGGAGCCACACUAUUGUCCUGCAUCCAAGAGCCAGCAGCAAAACAUUCCUCCAGUAAACUCAAUCCCAGUGAACUGGAGAAUGUAGCUACCAUGGAAAGGUUAUUAGUUCAGUUGGAUGAGACAGAGAAAGCCUUUGGUCAGUUCUGGUUCGAUCAUCAACUGAAGCUUAAUCAGUGCCUACAGCUGCAGCAUUUUGAGCACAAUUUUUGCAAGGUGAAGCUUGCCCUUGAUCAUCUGCUGGAAGAACAAGCAGAGUUCACAUGCAUUGGAGACAGUGUAAUGCAUGUGGAGCAACUUCUUAAGGAACACAAAAAACUGGAGGAAAAAGGCCAGGAACCCAUGGAAAAGGCCCAGCUGCUUGCAUUAGUUGGGGACCAGCUCGUCCAAAACCACCAUUAUGCAAUGGACAUCAUCAGGCCCAGGUGUGUGGAGCUCAGGCACCUGUGUGAUGACUUCAUCAACGAAAACAAGAAAAAAUAUGACAUUUUAGUAAAGUCUUUGGAGUUGCAUAGACAGCUAGACAAGGUCAGCCAGUGGUGUGAAGCAGGCAUCUUUCUCUUGGCUUCCCAAGCUGUGGACAAGUGCCAGUCUCGAGAUGGGGUUGACAUUGCGUUGAACGACAUUGAGACAUUCCUGAGUACAGCCAAGGAGUGCUGGUUGCUCAGCCCUAAGGAAUUUUACAACCAAUUUGAGCUGAUACUCACCCCUGAUGUAAAGGACAAAGCCCAGAAAGUCCUGCAGAAGCUGGGUGACGUGCAGGAAAUCUUUCACAAGAGGCAAGUGAGUUUGAUGAAACUGGCUGCUAAACAGACUCGCCCAGUGCAACCUGUGGCCCCUCAUCCUGAGUCCUCCCCAAAAUGGGUGUCACCAAAAACCAGCCAGCCCUCAGCCCUGGCUCCUCCCCAGAGAACAUCUGAGGAACUUGAUACAGAGGCAGAUUUGAACUUUCUGGAUAAGGAUGAAAAUCAGACUAAAUUUGGAAUCAAGAAUGAAGAAAUACUUGAAAGUAACCUCACUGGCGAGGACUCUGGGCAGGGACAGCUGAACAGUGGACAAGAACUUCCCCCCAGCAGACGCAUCAUACGGGACUUGCUUGAGACAGAAGAGAUUUACAUAAAAGAAAUUAAGAGCAUAAUUGAUGGAUAUAUCACUCCACUGGAUUUUAUUUGGCUGAAACAUCUGAUUCCAGACAUUCUUCAGAAUAAUAAGGACCUUCUCUUUGGGAAUAUAAGAGAACUUUACGAAUUUCACAACAGGACUUUUCUAAAGGAAUUGGAAAAAUGCACUGAAAACCCGGAACUUCUGGCACGUUGCUUUGUCAAUAGAAAAGAAGAUCUUCAAAUAUAUUUUAAAUACCACAAGAAUCUGCCCCGAGCUAGGGCAAUAUGGCAAGAGUGUCAAGACUGUGCCUACUUUGGGGUAUGCCAGCGCCAGUUGGAUCACAAUCUGCCUCUUUUUAAGUAUCUUAGAGGACCAAGCCAAAGACUAAUAAAAUAUCAGAUGCUGUUGAAGGGCCUGCUGGAUCUUGAAUCUCCUGAAGAUUUGGAGGUAAACCCAGGUGAAUUAGAAGGCUUGGAUAAGGUUGGGCUCCAGAGGACCAAGGAUUCCACAUUCUCAGCUGAAUUGCAGCAAGCUUUGGCAGUGAUCGAGGAUCUGAUCAGGUCCUGUGAGUUGGCUGAGGGCCUGGCGGCAGUCACUGGAUGUCCGGAUGACAUUGGAAAACUGGGCAAGCUGUUGAUGCAGGGCCCCUUCAACAUCUGGACAAUUCACAAAGAUCGCUACAAAAUGAAGGAUUUUAUUCGAUUUAAGCCCAGCCAGAGGCAAAUCUACCUAUUUGAAAAGGGAAUAGUGUUCUGUAAGAUCCGAAUGGAGCCCAGUGACCAGGGGCUGUCUCCUCAUUACAGCUUCAAGAAGUCUAUGAAGUUGGUGACACUUUCAAUUCGCCAGGUUGGAAGGGGGAGCAAUAGAAAGUUUGAAAUUGCCAACCGAAGUGGAUUGGAGAAAUACAUCCUGCAGGCCACCUCAAAAGAAAUCAGAGAUUGCUGGUUUUCAGAAAUAAGUAAAUUACUGGUUGAACAAGAAAACAAUGUUAAAGGCUGCUCUGGCGGGGAGUUGGUCUCCAUGGAAACCACGGAAGGUCGAGAAGGCACAGAAGAUCUAGAAAAGGAAAACAGCGCUCUGAGCGUAACUCCUGCCUUCCUUGCCUCUUGCAUGCGGUCCCUUCUCCCCGGACAUCAGAACUGCCUCUCUCGGGACUUUUCCAGUUGGACGACGACGAGCAAACCUGUGCCUCCAAGCCAGUUCUCCCGGAGAGGGGAGAAAGCCCCCGAGCGGAGAAGCAAGACGGCGGCGAUGGGGAGGAGAGGUGAGCGCCAGAGGGGGAAAGAGGCACCACCGCUGCCAGUCCCCCACCCUGGCUCUAACUAUCCUCUGGGAAUUUCAGGGCUGUGAGCCGCACCACUGAGGAGCGCGCCCCGGUGUCCCCUGGCGUGCAGGCCACUGCGGGGGAGACGGCUGGUUUCCCGGCAAGGGCCGAGCAGGCAAGGGCAGGACGCCUGAGGCCCUCCUGUUCCGUUGAUCCUUGACCCGCGCCAUUCGGCGCCCGG